ACAAUGUCAAAUUAACAAUCCAAUCCCAAAAAUAUAAUUCCACAAAAACCUAUCUUAUUCCUUCACUUGAAACAAACUUUUGGAGGGCAAGCAAGUAUGGCACAAGCAAUGGCUUCAAUGGCGGGUCUACGUGGCAAUUCUCAGACUGUUCUUGAAGGCAGCCUCCAGCUCAGUGGCUCAACACGCUUGAAUGUGGCUAGCAACACAAGGGUUGGAAUGGCUAGGCCUAGUUUCACGGUUAGAGCCCAGCAGCAACAAGUGUCUUCUGAUGCUGAAACAAGCCGUAGGGCUGUACUUGGUCUUGUCGCUGCUGGUUUGGCUUCUGUCUCUUCUGUUCAAGCAGUUCUUGCUGAUGCUAUCGCUAUCAAGGUUGGACCACCUCCCCCUCCAUCCGGUGGAUUGCCUGGGACUUUAAAUUCUGAUGAGGCAAGAGACUUGGAGAAGCCACUGAAGGAAAGGUUUUACCUGCAACCGCAAGACCCAAGUGCGGCAGUGGCAAGGACCAAGGAAUCAGCAAAGGAAAUUGUGGGCGUCAAGCAGUUCAUUGACAAGAAGGCUUGGCCAUAUGUCAUAAAUGAUCUUCGCCUCAGGGCUGAGUAUCUUCGCUACGACCUCAAAACCAUUAUUUCUGCUAAACCCAAAGAUCAGAAGCAACCUCUCAAGGAACUCUCUGGAAAGCUCUUUGACAACAUCAGUGAGCUGGAUCAUGCAGCCAAGAUAAAGAGUACUCCAGAGGCAGAGAAGUACUAUGCGCAAACUGUAUCCACCCUGAAUGAUAUUCUUGCUAAGAUUGGUUAAGAUCUUAUCUUGUAUUUCGAUAUUAAGCUUUACUUGUUUUGGGUGUCAUUUCGAAGGAAUUGUAGCUGAGGGAGAAAAAUAAUUGCCUCAUUGUGUUUUA